UUUUAGCAUUCACAAUUUCAGCUAUUUUUUUUCCACGUGUGACAACUGGGAAACCCAAAACUAGACAGAAUAGUCCUGAUAAGGCUGAACAGAUGGAAGAGUCAGUUUCUUUGACCUGUUUUCUACUUUCUUGGUUAUUAUGUAGUUAACCUUCACUGCAAGGAUGCACUAAUGGAACAUCUUCAGCUUUUGUCCACCACUAUCUUUUAAAAGCUACUUGUUACUGCUCUACAGAGUUACUCUAUUAUAGUCGCAGGGCUUUUCACUUGUCUUAGGCAUGAAGUUAUGGAAUGACUCUUGGCCAGGUUUUCCCAGAAGCCUUUUAUUAAAUACUUGUAGAAAAAAAAUAGUUUAGAAAAGUCAUCUGGAGGUCAUCUUGACCAACUCUCUGUUUCAAGCAGGGCUAUCUUCAAAGCUAGAUCAGGGUGUAGUCUAGUUGAAUUUUGAGUAUCUCAAAACUAAUAAGAUAAAACUCAAAUCAAAUGUCUAUGACAUUAUAAUAGCUUAAUUACUUCAAGGAGGGAAGAAGGUCAAUUUAUAGGCCAGCUGGUCUCAUCCUGAUCAAGAAAAUCUAUUUAAAAUUGAGCCAAUUACAUGUUGGAAACAAAGAAGGUGUACUUGCACAGUAGCUCUACAAGGAUGUUAACUCUUCUGAUUGACACCUUCCAAGACUACUGAAAAGCUGGUUUGGAUUGUCUCUCAGUGUACCAAGAAAAAAAAAAAAAAAGUAGUAUGUUUUCUAAUUUUUAGCCUUAUUUCUAGUGAAGUUUGCUUUAUUAAAAUUAGAUACAAUCAGAUAUAAUCUCUGGGGUGAAGAAAGGAAACAGAUUUGUGAAGCAUCAUCUGCUGGGCUUUGUCACCCCAGGAGGGAAGUAGGAAGAAUGCGUGGUAAGAGAUUUGUCUUGUAUGUUAUUAUUCAUCAAAAGUGUUCAAGUAUUAGUGCUAUGUUAAUGAAGUAUUCUUGAAUAGUCUGACAGAUCUCAUGAUAAACUCCUUAAAAAAAAAACAAAACAUCAAUAAAACUGGGAGGGUGUCAAUUGGCUAAUUAGCUAAUAAUCAAUAUUCAUCAGCAGUAGCUGUGACAAGAUGGCAGACAGAUACUAGGCUUUGUUCAAGGCCUGGGUGCUUUGUUGGCUCAAGUCUAGGGGAAGAUAUUGUUAAAACCAUUAUAACAGUGUUGUGAGACAAGAGUUAGUGGAAAGCAACAGCAUCCUGAUAGUGACGUUAAUCUAAACCGAGUACUCAAAAAUAUUUUCUCCUACAUAAAGUAUUAUGAAAGAGUUUGUUCUCACAAUUAGUAACUUUUCCUAAAGUGGGGAUUAGAAAGGGAAGAUAUGAAAUGCCCUGGAUGGAACCUGUAAUUCCGAAGUCUCCAAGAAGAUCUAAUUCAGAGGAACCUUAGUACAGCAAAGUCCUUUUCUUGGCAGUGUCCAAUACCAUCUCCUCUGCAGAAUUACGUGGUUCCAGGGAGCAGAAGGAAACCAUUAGAUCUGUGUUUCUGUGUUACCCAUUUGGAAGAAAGAUGGAACCAGCAACCUGAGGUUCAGCAUAUUAUUCUCAUUUGAGUGCACAGACAAACCACAGUGAAGGAACUAGAAAUAAAGAGACCUAGGGCACUCCUACUUCUAGACUACUUCAAGCAACUCAUAAAACUCCUCUGCCUCUGUUUCUGUUCUACUUUGUCAAGAUAUCCUCAUCUCUUUAGAGGUACCCCCACCUCACGUAAGCCUGCGAACCAUGUGAACAUUUAUUGAAAAACAAACAAAUAAAUAAAUAAGAUUUUCCCUUGACUGUGCCCUCUUUCCUUAUAUCAUUAGUUUUGACAUUCCUAGUCAUAGUCUUGUAAUCAUAUUUUAAUUGUCUAAUACUAUAUCCCAUUUAAUUAUCUAAAUCUCUUCAUAACAAAAAGUCAUUUGAAAGGCUUCCUUGGUAUGUUGGAUAUGAAGGGAACAAGCUGUACACUAUCCAUUAUGUUAGCAAACAAAUGAGAUUGAAGUAUGUGAUCUGCAUACUCAUAAAGAGUCCUUCUUUCCAAUGUCAGUGUCUGCUUUGCAUUACAUUGUAUCUCCUGUGGCAAAUUGUUUUCUUCUCUAGAUGGUAGUGUGUUGACUUCCAAUUAGGAGUAUAUGCUAUUACUAAGAAUGUUUAUUUUCUAUACUGAUAUUAGUAAAAUUGUGUUCCAAAACACUGGAGGGCAACAAAGACAAAACUGCAAGCCCAGGAGCAAGUGCAAUACUGAAUGGAUCCGUUGCAAGCUUCUUUCAAUAGUUAAAGUGGGAAGGAAUGUAUGCUGCGGUCUGAACUAUACUGAGCUACUAAAGCAGGAUUGCUAAUCCACAUGAUCACUUAGUAUUUGGCCUAUAGCCUGUAAAGACAUUAGGACUUCUGAUUAUAGUCUAGGACAACUUUCUCUAGUACAUCAUGCUGUUGCAGGGGAAUGGAAAACCAUAGAUUUCCUAUUGCUGCACACUGCAGUAGGAGGAGAGAAAAUUCCUGCAUGUUACUCUGGCUAAUUUAUUUAUUUAUCCACCUUUAUGAGGACUCUACUGGCCAGCAGCAACAGUGAUAUUAACAAUGCUUCAUAUGAACACAUUACCUUUUAUCUGAAGAUCUCCAAGCAUAUGUAAACAGUAAUUAAACUUCAUAACACCCCAAGGAGUUAAAAAGGGUUCACGUCACUCACAUCUAUGACGCAGUUCUGCAGCUGUUUGACUGCGUAUGGUCUUGCUAGUUAUGGACUGAUUUACAGCUAACUGAAGGAGACUGCCAUAACUGAAGUCUGAAGUUGUUUUUUGUUUUUGUUUUGUUUUGUUUUGUUUUUUGUUUGUUUGUUUGUUUUUCCUUCUGUAAAUGGAGGCCUAUACAGGAAAUGGAAAAGCAUUUUCCUAUUGCUUACCUAUGCUACCUUCAUUACUGUGAUAGCAGUAUACAAAUCCCAGACAAAGUCCCCCUGCAGUAAGCAAGUACUCACUGUUAGUCUGAAGAAAGGUAUUUUGCCCCAAUAAGGACUUCAUGUCACUGUACCUUUUCUUAUGAUCUAUAGUAAUUCAAGGCAAAGCUUUCUAUUUUCAUAGGCCAUGAAUAGAUUCAGAUUAUGGAAGGGUCAUAACAAAGCCAAAUCUUUUUUGUUAUUGUAAAUGCAAAGCAAUUUCAGGAAGGUGUUUGCUCUUUUCCAAACUGUAAUUGCACCUGAAGGACACAGAUUGGAACAUGAUGUAUUACCUAUUGGCUACACGAUCCACUAUUAGAAGAUGGAAAGUUGAAUCGUUCAAUUUCUGGUUCCUAUAAAUAUGUGCUCUAUUUGGUUUCCAGAUCAUUGGGUGCUGACAUACCACAUCACUGGAGGAGGAAAGAAGAUUUUGCAUCCUCAAUUUGUAUUGCUAUUAUAAGUACUUUUGUAGUCACUGUAGAGGGAAUUGGAACCUGAAGAGCUUGCAAUCUGCAUGUUAUAUAGGAUUAAAUGCUUUGCAGGCAUAGGCAGAAUAAAGGUAGGAGUAGGCAAAAUGGGAAUAAAGUGGAGAAAAGUGGUUAGAGUUACAGAGACAUCCUGGUUUGUCAGUUACCUUUUGAGUACCACAUCAGUGAUUUGCAGGCAUUAUUAGAAUGAAAGACUUUAAGGUGAAAAGGAGUGAAACAGUAGCCAUACAUACUUUGACAGGGAGGUUUCUCCAGGUGUAGGAUUGAGGCAGAAGGGUAUGAAAGCAUGGUGGCAUCACAGAGAGAUUUAGGUAAAACUAAUCUGAAGUAGACAUCUUUGCAGAGGGAAAGUGAGAUUAAUGUCUUCCAGGUGAACAAGAAGAGAGAAUUGUGUCUUUAAACUGUCACAAUCCCCAUAAGGUUGACAGAUUUUGUUGUGUUAUUUCAGAGCAUUUGAAUUUGAACUCAGAAUACACAUGCUUUGCUUCUUCAUUCCAGCAUUCUGAUUACAAGAUCAUCCUCUUUCCUGUACUGUGGACCUUGGUGUGGAUAGUGGAAGAAUAGGUAGGUAGGGUACAGGUAGAGAAAAUGACACUUCUUCUCCAGUCACAAUGGAUGCUCACUGGCAAAUAUUUUCCCUUCGAUAAGAACAGCAGGUCAGAAUUCAUUCUCAGUUCAGUGCUAUUGAUGGUUAUGCUUGGGACUGAAAUGCAAGAGGAAAACUUAAAAAAACAUGAAGCACUUGAGUCUUAAAAGGAGAAGUUUGUAAUGUUUUUGUAUUCCCUUGACUUUGGGUGGACAAACAAGAGACAGUGGCAAUCAUUGCAGACCAGACAGGUAUUGCACUGUAGUCUUAUUAUGAGGAUACUGCACUAGUGGCAGCAGCAAUUCAAUGUAUAUUCUGCCUGUGUGGCUCAUGCAUAUUGUAAACAUUGAGGUCUGGUUUUGUAUACAGGUACCAAGUGCUGUCUGUAUCAGAGGUUUUGAACAAGCUAGUUCAUUCUGUGUGCUUUGUAGAGCUCUAGGACUAGAGUAAUAUUCCUGACAUCCCUUGGGCUGGGAUUCCUCCUUCCACCUUUUUUGCACUGAUUCUGAGCUCAUAAUCAGUGACCCUUUCUAUAGUAAAUGGAGAGAGAGAAGCAAGUCUAGAUGGCAAGUCCUUUCUAUAACUGGCUUCUGAGUUACUGUAGGCAAGCUGGUUCCAUGAGGAUCCUAUUUUUUUGUGCAACUAUUCAUGGAUACUGGAGUCACCAGUUCAGAACUGAGCAUAUAAAGCUAGGUGAGGUAACCCCCAUCCUAAUAUCUAGAUGAAAGCUCAUCUGUUCCACCCUUUCUUUCUUUUGGCUCCUCACUUCAGGCCAAGAUUUCAGCAUGAAAAACUUGUUUUCUCUCACCAUCCCUAAAGACUGCAGUUUUGUGUGUAAAAUACCCUUAUACCCAAUUGAUUAAGAUAUUAUUUGGCUUGUUUCUAGGAGGGUUUUUGAAUAAUUAGAAUCAGCAUUAGGUCACUUCCCCUUACUAGUAAUGGCCCAGGUUUCACACAAUACAAAUUCAAGUCAUGAUGACCAUUCAGUAAAUUUAGAGAUGAAACUCAAAGGUUUCUGAGUUCUCUAGGCCUCUACAUCAUUCAGAAAUGCACUCUUGAAGACAAGGAUAUUUCAGGCUCCUACCACCAAAGUUGAUGCUUUGUAAUAAAAACAUGUAAUGAGAAACUCUUUCUUUAAAGAACUGGUCAAGUAAGUAGGCAAUAACAUACUGACAAAAGGUGGGAAUAGAAAUAAAGAGGACUUAAUCAGAAACCUAUGCAUAGGUAUCUAAUGCCACUGGAGAUGCCUUAGGGAACCUCUGAUAUCCAUGUGGAACUUACAGAUACGGCACAAAAGCUGAAGGAAUCCUUUGCCUUCUGGUGAGCAGGAGGUCAAAUGAGAUACCUUGGGGUAUCCUGAAUGCUAAAAGGUGCCUUUGUGUGGGCAGCCAAAUUGGUUCUUAGAGCUUCUUUAGGUAUAAUAGGAUCUAAUACUGAAGUAGACACAUAUAUGUUGACACCUAAGUUUAGUUAUCUUUAUCUGUAAUUUUAUUGCCCAAUGUCACAAAUAUAAUAGCUUUAGAGUCAGAAAUAGAACACAGUUCUUGCACCCAAACUGGCAGAACAUGGCUGGUAUAGACUCAUUGCCUCUAACUGUAGGUCACCUUCACCACACUCCUGUGAGAUAGGCAAGUUUUCCCUCUGGUUUACAGUUUAGGAACUGAGGCAAAGAGAGGCUGAUGAGCUUUUCUGAGUCCACGGCAUAUACUUCAUAUAUUAUAUGCAGAAGAAUGACACUGAAAAAUCUGUGCUCCAAAAAAAAAUAUGUUUUUUUAAGACUAUGCUGUAAUUUUCCAGUCCUAAGCACAGAGACAGGCUUCUCAGCACUUAUGCCAAAACCUUUAUUUCCUGUUAUCUUCCUGUAAACCUUCCAAGGUCUGUGCAAUUAGCUGCAUGGCGUAGAAGUGAGGCAAUACAGGAACAGAAUUCCUGUGCCAGAAGGAGCUUCUUCCUUCAAGAGUUUCAAUGUACUUAUGGGCUUCUGUUUGUUCAAAAGAGGCAAGAGUUUCGAUUUUUUUUAUGCACAAUAGCUUUGUGGACUAUAGCCAAAUAUACUGAAAAGUUUGGUACAUUUGGAACCACUCAAGGUUUUCACAUAGUGAAAAGUAUAGCAGGCAACAAUUGUCAUGAAAAUAAACUCUUUUAAAAUGAAGUGUUUUACAUCUUCCCCAUCCCUAGAAAUGUUCAAGGCAAGGCUGGAUGUGACUUUGAGCAACCUGGUCUAGUGGCACAUAUCCCUACUCCUGGAAGGGGGGUUGGAACUGGUUGUUAAGGUCCCUUCCAACCAAAACAAUUCUAUGAUUGUAUGAUUCAAUGGUUUUCAGAGUCUUGCAAUGAUGAUUGAUAUCACCUUAAAUCACCUCUAAAAUAUUCUUCAAAAUGAACUUCAUAAUACAGAAAUACAUUUAGCUGUAUUUCUCCAGAAAUAUACACGAGCUGGUAAUUGCAUAUAAACAUAACAAACUGAGUCAUUCAAUUAGUAUUCUGUAGGAAAUUCUAUUACCAUAAAAACAUCUAUUAUUAUGUUACACAUUCUUGCAAGAGUACUCAUAAAAACAGCUGUUACUUAUUUCUGUCACUAGCAAUUGAAUGCUGAUGUGAUAUUAAAAAGUGGAAGGUAGGGUGGGAUUACAUGAAUAUCCCUUGACAAAUCUGCUCAUGAAGAUGCUAUUUCAGAAGUUCAGAGCUUUGUUUGGAUGACAGUCUUGCCAAGUAAUAAGGUAGUACUUCAUCUGCUGGUAGCAUUAACAGUAUGAUCCUGUCUUUCUUGAACUUCUCAUAAUUUUGAUUUUUGAUUAUUUACACACACCAUAUGAGGCAUAUUAUCCCACAGGUAGCUCUAGAUCUUCUUUAGCAAGAGUGUAGAUGUAGACAUGAGCUGAAUUAGAGACUUGAUUUAGGGGGGACUUUCUUUCUGUGCUGGUACAUAUGCACCGUUUGCAUUUAUACCUUAUUGAAGUCUCUCCUUCUCCUGUACCCUUCAUGUCAGAUGAAGCUGGUCAGGAAAGUACCACCUUAUAUGUAUGUUGCAAACCUAGUGCUGUAAGUCAUCCUUCGGACUUCACCUCUGGUCAGGCAUCCGGAAGCAUAAGUUUCAUACAUACAUUUCAUACAUACAUACAUCAGCUAAAUUGCAUAUGAAGUGAAUUUGUUGGCAUUCAAGUCUUCCAAGGGAUAUGCAAGUUUCAGGAGGCAUCUGACCUCCUCAGAUCUUUAAAUGUGUACUGAUAGUUAAGGUUUUGGUGCCUUAGCUGGUCAGAUAUUCUUUAAACCAGCUUGAAACUCCUUCUGCUAUUAUUUGUUGUUUUGUUGACUUCAGCAGGCUGGUGAUAUCACUUGAAGUUGUGUUCCACUGCAGAAAAGAUCUUGUCUUUCACUGUUUUCACUAUCACCCCAUGCCUCCCUGCAAUUUAGAGCUGAUAAAGAAAGUCAAUUUGCUUGUUUAGUAAACUUACCUCAGCCUUUUUUUUUUUUUUUUUUUUAAUUGUUGUUGAUUAUUAAAGUUCCUUGAACAUGGCUUAUACCUUUGUAACACUGGGAAAAUGAAAAUAAAUUGGAUAUCAGGUCUAAGACUUUGAGACUUUUCCACUUUAUACAACUUGGUUUUGACUCUGUGGAUGACUGAAAUAAUAUAAUGAUGGCCUAAAAACUGGAAAAAGUUAAAAAAAAAAAAAAAAAAAGAAAAAAAAAAGGUCUUAAAUUUGGUGUAAUAACUUGGUUAAUAUCAAGAAACAGUUCUCACUUUUUCAAGCAAUUUUAUCUAUAUUGAAAGAAACUUUUUAGGUAGUUAAGUAAUUUUGGUCUUAUUUUACAAGAGAGUUAGCUAAAUGCCCAGAACUAGAAGGAGCAUGGCUAAAAGAGGUGAAGUUAGAACCCAUUAUGUUUUGAAAUCUAGAUGAGUACAAAAGCAUAUCUGUUUCUUAUGAGGUGUAGGUGGGUAAAGCAAAGCACAAAAGCUUGUCAGAUCUGAUAAGCCUCCACUGUGGUGUAAAGAGCAUCAGAAGGAUGUAGCCUGGAUAUCCAGAUCAAACUGAUCCACUUCUCUUUAUCUUUCUCAAGUAUUGAAACAGGUUUUUUGUUAGUGUGUUCUUUUAACAGUUUUGUUCAGAACAAUCAGAAGACUAAACAACAAACACUGUAUUGGGUAGAACCUCUCAGAACUAUUUUACUGAUGGUAUUAAUAUUGAUAACUAAUUUGUGGAAAACACCAAUGUAGUGUGAAAGAAAUUUGUAGGUUUUAAAAUAGGUAGAAUAUGCAAUCUUUUAAAUCUCAGAUUGACUUGCCUGAACUGACUGUCGUAUAUUAUACAUAACUGAAUUGCUUUUACUAUGCCAGCAAUACAUAUUCCUACAACACCUUUUCUUCUUGACCAGUCACUGAAUGAAAAACUCAAUUCACUUUGGCAUUCAGAGCUCCCUUAAUACUUCUGCAGUGAAAGAGUUAUAUUUUUUUUCUGUUUCAUGAAACUGAAAGCCACGAGGCUAUGUUCCCCAUAGACUUGCUCUGACAGUUGUACUGAAAUCCAUCAAAGGCCACCCAUCAUAGAAGUGCACAAAGUACCAUGUUAUUGAUGCAAUCUGUCCAUCUGCCAGUCAUGCUAAUGAACAUCUGCAAUAGUACCAUUGGGAAUACUUCAGGAACAGGACAAGUUUGAAAAAAUGAAAUACACUUCAUGGUAGUUUUUGGAAGAACUCAUUUCAGCUUACAUCAGUAAUAUCAUACUUUGCCUCAAAUGAAGUGCACUUGUGAAAAUUCAUUUAGAUUAUGUUUUUGUUUGUUUAUUUGUUUGUUUGUUUUCCAGUGUAGAAAGGUUUGAUGGAAACCUGUGUGAUUCUGUGAUUCUGUGAUUCUGUGAAAAUUUUGUGUCUGUAUUCCUGAGUUUUAUACUACCAUAUAAAUAUCUUCUCAGCAAACAUUACUUAAAAUUACUAGAAAACAGUAAUAAAAUAUUCUCAUCUAUACAUAAUAACAGAUGGAAAAGGCUUGUCUAAUUUACUGACUCACACAGAUAAAUCACCCAAACCUUUUAAGAAUUUGGGCACCAAAACUUUAGAAAUGAAUUUUAUUGGCAAAAGUGAAAUUAAAAACUCUGAGAAAGGAUAUUUAUGGAAAAUUAUGAAAAACAAAAAAGCAAGCAAACAAACAAACAAAAAACCACAAACAAACAACAACAACAACAACAACAAAAAAACGGCAUGUAGACUGUUGUGUCCUUGAACCUGAAGCAAUGACAACUUGGAUAAAAAUAAAAAAAUAAACAAACCAUGAUACUAAAGGUUAGUCCAACUUUCUCCUAAUCUGGGUUACCCUUCUGAUACCUCCAACCUCAAAGCCCACAUCCUAAAUCACCUUUUCUAAAGGUGAUUAAUCUCCCUUAUAAUUUCCAUGUCAUGAAGCAUAUUAGUUGUCCAACAGCAUUAACAGAGGGAUGUGUUUGGAUCAAAACCUCCUAUCACAUGAUAUUUCUAAUUAUCCCAUUGUCAAAAGCUAAUCUUCAGUGUUUUGCCCUUCAGAAGUGCUUAUGACUUAUCUGGUAACUGACAAAAUGCAGUGGAACUGCAUUAUAAUGCUACUCUCUUUUUUUCAGAGUUCUGCUAAUAAACCAUGUCCACUGGAAAAAUAACAGGGAAUGUAUGCACCCCAGAUGCAGGUACACCUCAGAUGACCAAGCAGAACCACAGAGCAUGGCAUUGCACUGCUUAUUGGUGGGAUAGAGCCUGAGUGCUGUCUCAGCAUUGGUAUUUCCACAGAGGAAUGAAUCACAUAAAUCACAAUUACUGAUUUAAGCCAGUGCCAUUUAAGGCUCUCUGUAUUGUUCCUUGGUAUGACUGCCGAAGAUCACAGAUAGGAAAACUUGGUAUCACUGUCAAACUCAAUAAUUUUUCAUGUUUGUUUAAAAUCAGCAAAUGUGACUACCCAGAGCUUGGAUAUAAGGGGACAAUUCCCCCUGAAUUUGCUCUCCUUUCCUUGAGUGAAUGAAUAAAUGAGUGAGUGGGUGUGUGUUCCUACCAUUCUCUGCUUUCUCUUUUUGUGGUCUUGACUGAAUUUGAGCACAAAAAAUGAAAACUAAUGGCUACCUGUGAUGGGCUGAAGCAAUGCUCCAAACAGACUGUUUUUCAGGUAUUGUCCAACAGACUGUUUUCCAGAGUAUUGUCUAGGCAUGAUUCUUCAUUUUCUACUGUUUGAAAAGCUGUCAUGUCAUGUCCUGAAGAAAUCUGCAGAAGAAAUGCUGGUCUGGCUCCCACAUGAAGAUUUGGCUAGGCUCCCAAGUGUGAGACUAAAGCUUCUUGUUUUGCUGUCUGCUGCAUGUACCCAGAGUGACAGGAAAACUGGUGAUAUGCUGGGGACACCCUGAAGAAAGGGAGACUUAAGCCAUCUGAACUGGUGGGAACUUGUGAUGGCUUCAACUUUGCAGAAAACUCAAGAAUUCUACAACUGGAUCCUUGAAAGUGGAGAUCCAAGGACAGACCCAUGGCCUCUGGUCCACUCUCCACUGCCAGUUACACUCCUUUUUGCCUUCUACCUCCUUGUUGUGGCACUGGGGCCCUUCUACAUGCGUAACCAGAAACCGCUGAAGCUGCGAGGUCUGCUGGUCGCCUACAAUCUAUCCAUGAUGAUGCUAUCAAGUUACAUGUUUUAUGAGUUUCUGAUAACUUCAGUCUUGGAUGACUACAGCUACCUGUGCCAGCCGGUGGAUUAUAGCCAAAGUGAACUAGGAAUGAGGAUGGCAAGAGUGUGUUGGUGGUUCUUCUUCUCCAAAGUCAUCGAACUGCUUGAUACGGUUUUCAUUAUUCUGCGCAAGAAACAAGAACAGGUGACUUUUCUGCAUGUGUAUCAUCAUGGCACUAUGCUGUUCAAUUGGUGGUCAGGGGUGAAAUACGUGCCUGGAGGACAAGCUUUCUUUAUUGGGAUGCUAAACUCCUUUGUACACAUCUUCAUGUACGGCUAUUAUGCCCUGGCCAGCCUGGGACCACAGAUGCACUGUUACCUGUGGUGGAAACGUUACCUAACCAUCAUGCAGCUGGUCUUUGUGCUUGCUGUUUAUGGAAACCACCAUGUCCUUAGGUUUCCUAAUGUAUCAGUAAUAGAGGUGAAUUGGAUGAUUACCGGCUCUAAAUGGUACUCUCAGGAAACUACCAAGAGGCCUUCAGUGACUGCAUUAGCUUCCAACACUUAUCCCUCUUCUGCUUUAUGUGGCAACCUUUUCACCCUGCGGAACCCGAAAAACAGCUUGAUCUUGAGAGUGCCAGUUUGUGGCCAUCGCUGUUCAUUCUUCCUACAACCUCUUCACAGAAUGCCCGUUCCCUGAUGGUUUCAACAUUGCAGUCUUCCUUUACAUUCUCAGCCUCAUUGCUCUCUUCCUACACUACUACUAUUGGACGUACACUAGGGGAAAGAAGAAGAAGCUAACUUAAAGAAAACCAAAGAGGAGAGUGAGCCUAUUUGCAAAUUCUCUGCUGCUUCUGUCAUGAUUGCAUGAAGGAAAACGUAUCUGGGGAGUGUAUGUGAGGCUCGUGUGUGCAAACCCUUGGUUGCCUUCAAAUAUUUUGAGUUAGGAAGAGAAAAAGAACAACAUAAACUCAAGAGUUAAGAUAUUAAUGGGCACACUUACUUGAAGCUGGUACAAAGCCAAGCCACGUAGUCAUCAAUACAGAAGUCUUUGUGAAAUUAGCACCAGAAGAGCUCCACUUUCCGUUCCAUCUGUCAGCAUGGUUUGCAAAGUCUAUCAUUCAACUAUGAGUCCUUGACUCAUUUCUGUAGAGUUUCUUUCCAUUCAUAAGACCAUCUCAGCUUACCGUUGUAGACCAGGCAGGCUCAGGUACCUCCAGCCUCAAAGCAGUGUCCAUGUGACAGCAGCAGCCAGGAAUUACUGUAACUGUGGGAUGCACUCACCUGUACACUUCACCCCAGCCUUUCCUAUUGAGGAAACUUCCAGUAGGACUGGGAUGAAUUACAGCUAUAUGGCCCUUAUGGUUUCACUUUAUGUUAGAGUAACCGUGAAGGAAACUGGAUAUUACUUUGCCCAACUGAACAGCUGCCUCUGUUCUUUCACUAUUCUGAAGCUAAAGACGGCAUUAUUGUCUCUAAUAUGUCACACAAGCCUUUCCAUCCUGACUAGGAAACUAAUGUAGUAAGAAUCAUAAUGUAACACUUUCUGGAAUGCUGGAAUUCUUAUUUGCCUUUUGUUGCUUUCAUAUCAAUAGAGAAGUUUUCAUGCAUGAGGACUAUUUGGUAUUGCUUGCUAUAGAUGCCAUAUUUUUGGUUAGGAAGAAUAAAUUAAGGCUCUCCAUUGAUAACUUUUUUCUCCCAUUUGUUAUUACUAUUAUUAUUUCAAACUUUUGCCUCUUAUCAAAGAUGAAAAGUUUUCCACCACCUUAAGCAAUAUCUUUCAUACCAAACUGUAUGAGCAUUAAUACAAAAUUUAUGAAGUCAAUUCACUGGCUAGUGCAAAACUACAUAGCUCCGGUGAAUUUGUUGAUUCACUUGUUGGUUCCUUUUUUGCUCCUAAAUCAAUUAGAACUAGAGUUUGGCACUUCCGUUCAUCCAUAGACAGUUAAGUAAUGUUAAAAAUUUGGUCUUGAAAAUCUAAAAUUCAGAUUUUAAACUAUGUAGUUGUAUUUAUUUAUUCCGUUCUACCUUUUUAAUUAAAAAUAGUGAUUUAAAAGUAGUGAUUUUUUUUUUUCACAGUUGAAAUGCAAAGUUCUUAAAAGCCAAAUUCACAUUAAAUUUAAACAGUCUAUAUUUUAUGGGAAAGUCCAGGAGAGUAAUCUACUGUCUAAAUGAGUGCAUAUGAAAAAAAAAAAAUGCACAUCUUACAUCAAUUUGGAACUUACUAGAUAUCCAAAAUAAACGCUACUUGUUCAUCACUGAUUUGUGUGCAUAUGCCAAACUUUUCCCUCAGCUGCUACAUUCACAUUUAUAAGAUAAAUUAGUAUUCUUCCAUUCCUUCUUCACACACAAUGAUUCUAUGAUACUACCACAGUGAUACAUUAUAAAUGUAAUUCCAUUGAUUUGAGUAUUCUGAUUUUCAUUGGUGAAUAUGAAAAGCAAAUCAGGCCUUAUUUCAAUCUGUGUUAGCUGUUCUUCCUGCCAAAUAUUUCUCUCUGCUACUUGUUAUAUGAAUUAUGCUGCUUUUCCAUAAUAUAAUGCAACUGUUGUUAGAGCUUUAAAUGAUAAACCUCUGGGUGAGUCCUUGGUUCUCUUUGUUUGGUGAAGCAGGAAAAAUAAAUCUUCUGUGUAUCUAGCACACUGUAUUCACAGUCAAGGUUUCCCAAGGGGCCUCUCCAGCACUUACAUAUAUAUAUAUAUAUAACUUUUUAUUGUUGUUUUAAGCAGUGCAUGGAGAUUAAUUUGUGUAUGACAGAGAUUACUGCAAUGGAUUCUAGACUGUGACUGGCAGCAUAGUUAAUGACAAAAUGCAAAGGAAUGAGUUUGCCACCUGCUAUCUUGUUAUAAGUGACCAAGUACCUAACACACAUCACUGUAACUGUUUGUCCUAGACAAGUAACCUCUGAUCUAUCUAUACCUGUCCUUCCUCCUUACCCUGGUUGAGCGGCCUGAUCUUGCACUUCUGAACUGGUAGAAACAUUUUGUCAACGUGACUUCAGUGGGCAUAGGAUGAAAAUUAAGUUAUUUUCAUUUAGGUGAUAAGGAAGGAUUAAGUUUGCCCAGAAACAUCCUGCUUUGCAUACUUAAAUAGAUGUUUAUGUAGAGCACAACAAUUGCAAAAGCAUCAACACAAAAUUCACUUGUGAGACUACUUGCUUUAACAGGGAAGAUAAAGUUGCAUAGGUGUAACCUUCUGCCUCUUCAGGUCAUGAUUCUUUCCUCUUUUAGACUGCAUUCCUUUGUCUUCAUUCUUCUAUUUUAAAUUGGGAUAUCCGAGUUGGUACUGUCCACUUCCUGUUGUGACAAAAGCAAAAAGCUGAGAGUACAGGUACACACUUCUGGAAUUUAAAAGAGAAUAAAGGCAAAGAAUGAGAUUUCCCCUCUAAGCUAAGUCCCUAGAGUUAAAAGAUUACAUCACAGUAAUGCACUGUAAGUCACAAGGGCUGGAAAUUACAAAUUGCAAGUUUGGAUGAUUCAUACUGUCUGGCAGAGUCCAACACUUUGAGACUGAAUUGAAGAUAUCCUGUUGCAGCUGGAUUUAUGCAAACGUUUGGGCCAAAUGCUGAUCCCACCAAUAUCAAUGACAAAGCCUGCAGACUUCGCUGGAAACAAGAUGGCACAGCUGUGUGAAAAACAAUGCACUCAGCUACAUGGUGUCGUUUUGGUGUGAGCAGACUCAAGUGCUAUUCAAGCUCAAUGGAUGACUUCCAAGGGCACAGUUGUGUGCAGGCGUAUCCCUUGUAAAAUGUGGGUCAUUAUACCUCCUUGGAGUAGUUUGCACUCACAAAAUUAAAGCAUAAUGUAAGUAGUCUGUUUAAAUGAAUAAGCCUGAUAGCUGGUAGUGUUCAACAUCUUUUCUACUGUUCAAGUCAAUGUAAAUUAUGGAUGUUUUGAUGAAAUUACUUUCAAAUUAACCUGAUCACUUACUCAGUGCUUACUUUCUCUUGGAAGAUAAAUGAGAGGGAUUCUAAUUUUAAUCAAAACAAAAUACACACACAAAAAAAUUAAUUGCUAUUUAUUUUUUUUCCAUUAGUGUGUGAUGGAAUGUUUCCAGAAUUUAUGUUUAAAAUUGCAUAACAAUAUAAAAGUCUGGAACAUGAUUGGGUUUUAACUAUUGGAGUAUUUCUGGAUGCUAUCAGAAAAUAAGUCAGUAUAUAUUAAAAAAAAAGAAAAGAAAGAAAAAGCAGAAUUACUCUAAACAAUCAAUUAAGCAAAAGCAGGAUGCCUCAGAUUGCUUUGUACAAUAAAUAAACAUCUGUUGAUGCAGAUACAAGACAUCUCCACGCUAAGUAUUUAAAAAAUAAAUAAAUAAAUUAGCUGAUACUAUAUAUAGAAGAGGGUGAAUUUGUUGAAUUCAUUAAUGAAUAACUUCAUGGAUUAGGCCUUGAUAAAUGAAGUGCUCGCAUCCAGAUGUUUAGUGUGAUUUGUCAAUGGCCUUGUAUUUAAUCCUCCUGAACAGGAAAUAAGUCUUUUCUCUGGGGUCUCCCUUGGGGACUGUGGCAGUCUCUCUGUCAUACACUCUCUCUCUGGCCUGAAUCAUCACAACAGAGGAUCAGGCUGCUGGGGAAUUAACCAAUUGGAGGAGGAUCAGAUUUGCCUUUAACCCUUUGAUUUCUUCUCAGCUUUGGAUGGCCUUCUCACCAUAUGACGUGAUGGUAAUGUUAUUUGGUCAAUACAUGGAGAUAAAAAAGUGGAGUUCCCAUGUUGUCCCACAAGGUGUAUUUGUGGGAUCCCUGUCCCCACAAAAUGUGUUGAAGCUCACACGCCUGGUUCCACCACCACUGAAGGCUGGGGCUGUGGGCAGAUCAAGCCUGUGGAGGCUGGUGGAUGUGUAUCCACAUCUCAGAACUGUAUAUUAAUUUUUGGGAUGCUGCUGCUCCACAGCUGCUGUCAGUGAUAGAGUUGGCCCAGGAGUGCUUGUGAAAGGGAAGGGUAUCUCCAAGGUGCCUCCAGCCAAGUAUGCCAGAACAUGCAUAGCACAUGUGUGUCUGCGUAUGGGUAGAUUAAUGCAGCAUCUGCAGACUGCCUCCAUUUCUGAUCUCUCUACAUAUGAAACCCCCACAUAGGGCAGGUCAUUCAUUUCUCAGGAAGGCACCAUCCUGCAGUGUGGGAGCAUCCUACUGAACGACAGCUCCCAGAAGCUACUCCUGCUGCGUAAUAGCAUGGGUGCUACUCAUCAGCCCAUGACAGCUUGGGUCAGCCAGCUGCAUCUAUCUCAGUACCUCAUAGGAGGGAAAGGCCAGAGCUAGUAUGAAUACACAUCAUAUGCAGGCCACACUGAUGAGGUAAAGAAAUUACAGACAUCUCAUGUGUGGUGCACAUGAUUAAACAGAUCAGAGCAUAGUUAUGUGUAAUUCAGGUCCCUUGCAGGAUGCUGUGCAAGGCAAAAUGAUAAGGUCCUUCUUUUAUCCCCAUGGAGACCUUGGUAAGGGGGCGCUGGGAAUCUCACCUUUAGGGAGAAGAUGGAAAAUCUCUAUUUUGGACAGAGUUUCUUCUGCAAAGCUUGUGUGUGCCUCUCAUAGGAACUAGUUGGUAAAGCAGGGAAUCUUGGAAGAGUCACACACUAGAUGGGAGAGGCGAAGCAACACUAGCAUCACCUAAUUUAGAGGGGAUGACAACAGGCAUCAUGACUGGAUUAGGAUAACUGAGUGGCAGUGGGAACUUCAUGGAAUGGUAAAUUUGGUUGUGGAUGUGCUGGAAUGUAUGGGACUGACUGCACAUGUGCAUGUGUUUAGGGUAAAAAAAAAAAAGUUUUUUUUUGUUAACUCACCAGUAGAGAGAGAACUAAAUUCUUUGUCAGAGAAUACCUGGUUAUAACAUCAGUAGCACAGCACUUGAUAUGUCCCACUAGUCUUGUGUCAUAUUUUCUCUCAAUAUUUUUGCUUUUUGCUGUUUGGGCUGUUCUUCAAGAAAGUGUUUGUAGUCAUUUCAUCACAGUGAGAAAAUUAGGAAUGCUUAUUUAGCAUUGCCCUUUGAAAUUUGCUGAUUGAAGUAGAUGUUUCUUCCCCUUUAACAUUAUCCUCCCACUUUCUCUUCACCCUUUCCUCCCCUCUUCCCUUGUACCCACAUAUACAGACAGCAUCCUAAAUUGUCAGAAUUGUUAGAGCUGCGAAGAAUGUAAAUAUAUUCUACUUAAGCUAAACAGAGUAGCUGUGUUUUCCUGCUAUAUCAAUUAAUAAUGUACAUUUUCUUCAUCAGGUUUUCAGUAAGGCUUUCAGUAAGAUGAAAGUGAGCAAGUCUGUCUUUUUCUUAGCACUUCAGUAUAAUCCCAUCUGCUUGCAAACUCAGGAUGUGAACACUGCAACGCAAUGUUGAAAAGGGCUGGAAACUUGGUCUUUAAACAGGGUAGCAUAAUUCAGCGUAAUCUCUCCCAGGCAUCGUUGAAGUGCAGCUCCCUCUUGUUGAUGAAGGAAUGGGAGAAUGGAUACAUCAGUCUGAGAAGCGGCAAGAAGCAGCCCUUUUUUUCUGCCCACAGAGUCAUCCCUCCUGGGCUGAAUCCCCCAAAAGGCUGUCUGCCAUAACACUGAAGAUACUGAGUAGGGAAAUUUUUGAAAGUAUCUCUCGGAGUGGGAGGUGAAAUGUAGGAACAGGACUGAGAAUGGAUGUGGGUUUCUCUGAGGGAUGCUUGAAAGCGUGAGAAAGGGUUAGCAUGCAUAUGUCCCUCUAGGUGGUUGGUUUGGUUGUGGGAACCUGCAGACACUGGUCUCAUGCAAUGACAGGUCAUGUAAACUGAAGGUGAUUGCACGGAAAGGCUAAAUAUUACCCUUGUGGGGUGAGUUCCCUGAAAGGGGGGUUUGCAGAUGGAGAAAGGGCAGGUAUUUAUGUUUGAACACAUGCAGGAACAGCACACUGAAUGAAAAACCUAUAGAGUUGAGGGAACAAACACAGGUGCUGUCAAGUCAUCUGGUUUUUGUUGUGUUACUGAUAAUAUUAUUGUGCAGAUGAAAGCACAGCCUGUGCAUCUGUGGAUACCUAUGAUUUGGCCCCAUGAUGGAGACAUAUUCAUUAAGAAGAAUCCAAAGGUGUUUGCUGUGAUGGCCAGGCACUGCAGCUCCUGGAGUGCAAUUUAUUAAUUCCAAUUGGCAUUGCCUCUGGGAGAUCUAUGUGAACCUGUCUAGGGAUGUUUCCUCUUUAAAUAAAAGAUUAGUCCCGAGGCAAGGUUUGGAGGGGAAAUAUCUUGUAUUAGAGGAGCUGACAUAGCUGGAAAAGCAAACUAGUUUCCAGCAUGCAAGACCUUCCUUUGGUUAUCAUCCCUGAUACGCAAUGAUAACAGGUCAGCUGUUAUUUGUCAGGGUACACAGGUAUGCCUGUAUUUAUUGCAGAGUUUUCCAGUUCCAAAGGCUAUUGUAAUACACUUUAGCAGUUUGAUAUAUUCCUAUAAAUCAAAGGCCCAUUAUUUUCAAAGGGCUGCUCUAGAAAACAUAUCUGUAAUUUUGCUUCUAGGAAUUACUCAUGUGAGUAAAGUGAUCUUUUACUUCACCUGCACAAUGGCAUAAUAGGACGGUGAUUCUGUGCUCAGAUCUCAGAGGUACAUUACAGAACAUGACCAUGUCGUAGACAAAUUAUCAUUUGCAAUAAUCAUUCAAAUUAAUCCUGGUUUUCUAUUUUGGUGUGUUUUCUAAUAUCUUUGGGCAUAUUUCAUAUACAGAGGUAAUGGAUUAAAUUAAGUGAAAACCCAUUAAUCCCAGUGAAUCUAAGUAAAGUGUUUGAUUGUCUACGAGUACUACCACAAGGAUUCAAUAAAAAUGUCUCUGCAGUGAUACCACCUGAAAGGCAAAGUGUUUUUUCACUUAAUAUUUCCUACGCUUGGUAUUGUCAGAAACCCAGAAACUCUAGAAGACUAUAUGUAUACAUUUUAAUCCUACACUAUUUGUGUACAUAUUGAGAAUAUUUUCCAGCAGACCUUGCAUAGAAUAGAUAAACUCAUGGUUUGAAUAGAGAAAAUAAGAUCUUAGCAUUGAUUGUAUUACUGAAUUGUAAUUGAAGUCGUCAUAUCAUAUAAAGCUGCUUCAAUUCAUUUUCUCUAAUAAAAUGUGCAUCUAUUGAAACGUA